CUGCCAUUUGAUUGAAUUCAUACAAUUUACAAAGCGUUCUUUACGCUUUAUUUAUUGUUACAGUAAAAAUAUAAUGGAUAUAUCUGUGAAGAAAGAUUGUGAUAAUAAAAAAGAUGAAUGUAACGAUGUUAAAAAUCAUGAAGAUGAUAAAAAUAGUCCUAGAAAUUUUGUUUCUAAAGAUAUUGAAUUUAUGAAUAACGAUGAUAUUCAAGUGAAGAUUGAAUGUGAUAUAAUGAGCUUCCAAUCAGAGUUAGACAUCGAAAAGGUUGAAAACACAGAAUCCAAUUCUAUCGGUCCAAGUACAGAAAGUCAAGUAAUUAUAAAGCAAGAGCUUGAUAUGAUUGUGAAAGAGGAAAAUAUAAUGGAUAAUAUAUUUGGAAAGGAAGACUCCGGGGAUGAAAGAGAGAAUAAGCAUAAUAAUGUUGAAGAACUUAAAGAUGACAAAGACAAUCCACUACAAAAUUCAAUAUCUAAAGAUACUGAAAUUAUGGAUAUUGAUAAUAGUCAAGUGAAGAUAGAGUCUGAUGCAAUGAGUUCCCAAUCACAAUCGGAUACUGAAGAAACUGAAAACACAGGAUCCAAUUCUGCUGGUCUGGUUAUAGAGAGCCAAGCAGAAUCUGUGAAGCAAGAGCUUGAUACAAAAGAGGAAGAACAGAAUGCAGAAGAUAUAUUUAGUAAUGAUAUCAUGAUACCUCGGCCCAAGCCAGUUAAUACAAAAGAAAGACGAGAAAGUAAGGAGAAAAGUAAGAAGGAGAUAGAGGAGGAAGAGAGAGAAAAGAUGCAAGUGCUGGUAUCCAAUUUCACAGAAGAUCAAUUAAAUAGAUACGAGAUGUACAGACGAUCUGCAUUUCCAAAAGCAGCUAUAAAAAGGAUUAUGCAAACUAUAACAGGCUGUUCAGUGUCUCAGAACGUUGUUAUAGCUAUGUCAGGAAUUGCUAAGGUGUUUGUCGGCGAAAUCGUCGAAGAAGCUUUAGAUGUUAUGGAGGCCCAGAAUGAAACUGGUCCACUACAACCAAAACACUUGAGAGAAGCUGUUCGUAGAUUAAGACUACAGGGUCAAAUACCAAAUGGUCGAGCACACAAAGCUUUCUUUAGGUUAUAAUUAAUCUGAUAUUUGCAACUUAUUAGUACAAUGCUUUUCUUGCAGAAAUUUAUCAAUAUUAAAAUUUACGAACAUAUAAAUUUAAAUAAUUUAUCUUACAAUCAGUUCAUGGGUAUUUUACAUUGAGUUAUUACUUUUAUUUAUUCUUUAUUACAUUUUAAAUACUAAUCUGGAAUAAUUAAAGCACAUUUAUAUUUUACUAACAUAUAUUUUACUAACAAUUGUUUUAUGCCUUUCAUCUUCCAAUAGCUUAAGCUAAAUAUAAGUAUAUUUUUGUAUACAAUUAUCUGUAGCAAUCAAAUUUUAUCAAAUUGAUAAUAGUUGUUUAGAUGACUCGUCAUUAAAGUACACUAUGGAAGCAAUCAAAUAAAAUAUUUUAUUAUAAA